GAGAUAUAUUUCGAUUAAAGAGGGAAACGUAGUCCACGUAGAACACUGUAGAACCCACUUGUUGUUGUCCUACCGCUGAAACUCUUGAGUCCAGGUUCUGUGUGGUUCCGAUGUUUGCAGCUGUUAUUUCAGAUGAUGUCCCUGUUCUGCAUUUUACUCUCACUUCAUUCCAAAUCUCAGUGAGAUGACGUCUUCAGCCCACGAAAACUCUGAUCCUGCGGUACAGAAUGAUGUUUAGAAGAAAACCUGUGACAGCUGCAGCAUUACUGAUACUCGUGAUGAAUGUCUGCAGAGGAAAUGGCCUCACAUGUCAUCGAGGAGAGUAUCAGAGAGGGAAUGAAUGCUGUCCUGUGUGUCCUGCUGGAAGUCGAGUUAAAACAGAUUGUACAGAAUUCACAAGUACUUCCUGUUUGCCCUGCACUGAGGGAACCUUCAUGAGUCAGCCGACUGGACGUAGACAAUGUUUUCUUUGUUCAACUUGUGUUGAAAGUUCUGGUUUGAAGAUAAAUACGUCAUGUACAACAACAUCAGAUGCAGUUUGUGAACCACUGGAGGGAUUCUAUUGUCUGGAAUCUACAGAGGACAGCUGUAUGACAGCGCAGAGACACACAAGCUGUCAACCAGGACAAUACAUCAGACAGAAAGGAACAGCAUUCACAGACACCGAGUGCUCUGACUGCAGCAGUGGAACAUUUUCAAAUGGGACAUUUACGUCCUGUCAGCCGCACACACAAUGUGAAUCAAUAAAUCUGCAGCUGAAAGCAGGAACUGCUUCAACUGAUGCUGAAUGUGGAGAACAAAGUUCAGACAGGACAGGAGCUGUGAUCGCUGCUGCUGUUGUUGGGGGGAUUCUUUUUUUAUUAAUAUCUGGAGCUGUAGCUAUAUGGUACCUUUCCAGGAAAAGAAAAAAAUGGUGUCCAAACAGACGAAGAAAAAGAGAUGCAGACGGUCCCCAACUGGAACAUCUAAAUGAAGAAACAGCAGUGAUGAAUUCAGACAGAUGUUAACAGCAGGAGGAGACAGAGCACAUAUAAACAUGCAGAGUCUAUCUGGACACUGCAGAGUGAAUGUGUUCUAGAAUCCAGUGAUAAUCCAGUUGGAUGCUGGCACAUUGUCAGUGAAAUUAAGUCAGCUGAAUGUCCUGCACGGCGCUACAAGCUGAACACGUCCUCUACAGAAGUGCUGGUCUACAGUCUGGAUCGUUAUCUGACACAGAUGUUACUGUACAGAGACUGAAGUCAGCCUGUAAUAACAACAUGGAGUGAGCUACAGACUUCCAGCUAUGUGACUGUACAUGUAGGCUUUUUUCUUCUUCUGUGGUGGUCACAGAGCUCACAGCUGGAUCUGAACACAGUCAGACUGAAACUGGACUUCAUCUGUCAUAAACCACAACAAUGAGCUGGAACAGAAGACGGAUACAAUUACAGUCGGCUCACAGACAGUAAUGACAUUUACUAUUAAUAAUGAAUGCUUUUGGCUGAGCUGCAUGUGUCCAGAAGUUACUGAGAGUCAGUGUGUUCAUGUUAGUGUAAAUCUGUGUUCAAACAUUGUCCCUACAUUUUUUUUGUAAUGUUCAAUAAAGUUUUUGUAAAGCUG